UUCGCCACCUCGCCUUUCUCCGGUGAGGCCGAGGCCGCGGCCUCCUCCCGGGCCCUGUCGCGAGUCCUCCUCGGCAGCCUCCACGCGGGGAGAACUUCGUUGGCUUCUCCUCGGGCGGUCCGAGCCCUACAGCCUACUCGGUCCUGGUUUCAGCAUGUCCUCUUUCCCGCCGCGCUGCGGUUUAAAUUCUGGCUUGGGUUGAAAUCCAGGCUCUUUUCAAGGCCUGCUUUUCCCCGACCCCACUCUGAGUUAUCCAUACACUUUCCUACAUUCCAGAGUCUAUCAGAAGCUGAGAUCCUAAUUUAACUCAUGUAUCCAGCCAUAUUUUCAUUUAAUCAUUUAAACAUCGACAAGUAGGUAACGAGCGAAGCCACUAUGUAAGGUUCCUUAGGGAGGGUGAGCAAGACAAACAUGUUUUCGAGAGUUUACAGAACGAGAGAUUUUUAAUCAAGAAAACAUUUGCCAUACUGUUGUAUGUGCUAUGAUAGAAGUGAAGCGCUUAACCAAGAUUUGUUUGGAAAAAUACGUCACCCCAUUUCUAGUCUUUACAUUUCAGUUCUGAAUCUUGGAAAUGUUUUAAUCAGCAUUUGAAACCCUUCCUUUAUGGAAUCAUUUUGGAUAUUCCAAAUCUCAAUUUCAGCGCCUGUUGAUUUGGCCAAUCAGCAAUAAUCUGGAGAAACCUUUGAGAGAAGAAAUCCAUUUGCCUAGGCCUAAAGAGAUGGCUCAGUGGCUGAAAGCUUAUAACUUUAAGUGCAGAGGACCUGCCUCCACUUCCCAGCAUCCAUACUGGGUGGCUCACAACUGCCUGUAACUUCAGCUCCAGGGGCCUCCAAAGAAUACUGCAGCUGGGAGGGCUAGCACUGAAAGUGAUUAAUUGCUGAGCCCUGGAUGUGAUGAACUGCUGACUAGCGCUUGGCAGGCACUCCUGUGAGGUGCUGGCUGCUGAUGCAGCGUGGUUGGGAAGAGGAGGAGUGCCCUGGAGACUCGGGAGACUUCACACAAGCUGACGGAUUCAAGGAUGCAGCUGGUGCUAGAGGUGUGUGGCACCUUAUCUGAGCCAGGCCAUGAGGCCAUGUUGCCAUAAUGUGGGCCCCUCAUGGCCUCAGCAGGAACAGAGCACUACAGUAUUGGCCUGCGCCGAGGAAACAGCUUCAAGCAGAGACAUCCCUCAGGCACAGUGUCUGCUUCACCAUCUGAGAAACCCUCGGAGGUCAAAGUCUGGUCCCAGGCCCAUCAGCAGGUGAAGCCAAUCUGGAAGCUGGAGAGGAAGCACGUAGGCACACUAUCAGCAGGGCUGGGCACCAGUCUCUUGGGAGUCCCAUCCCAGCCAGCCUAUUUCUUUUGCCCUAGCACUUUAUGUAGCUCUGGGACCACAGCUGUCAUUGCAGGCCACAGCAAUCCCUGUUACCUGCAAUCUCUCCCUGACUUGUUCAGCAAUACUCUGCUGUACCGCCGCACCAACGUGAGGCAAAAACCAUACCAGCAACUGGAAUCUUUCUGCUUGCGUUCCAGCCCAUCGGAGAAAAGACCUUUUUCUCUCCCUCAGAAGGGUCUUCCCAUCAGUGUCACUGCCAAUAAAGCCACAUCUUCUACAGUCUUCCCCAUGGCCCAGCCCAUGGCGUCUUCACCCACUGAUCCAUACCUCUCACUGGCAGCAGCUGGGGAAAAUACUUCAAGGAAGAGCCUGUCCUCUGCCAUCUCAGGGAAGAUUGCAUCUCCACUGUCCUCCUACAAGCCCAUGCUGAACAACAACUCCUUCAUGAGGCCAAAUAGUACUAAAGUGCCCUUAUCACAAGCCACAGAUGGCUUGAAGCCAGUAUCCUCACCCAAGAUCCAGCCUGUCUCAUGGCAUCAUUCAGGGGGUACUGGAGACUGUGUACCCCAACCUGGUGAUCAUAAGGUGCCCCCAAACAUUGCUACUGUCUUAAAUGAUGUCCCUGCCCCUAUCACCCCAUCUACCCCUAGCACCCUCAACAUAACCACAGCCAGUGUUACCUCUUCCCAGUGCAGUCAGAGUAACUUUAGGAUGGAGGCACAUCCCUGUGGCCUGGAUGAGAACAUGGAUUCCCAGAGUGCUACUAAAGAGGUACACUUCACUGAGGCUGUGAGGAAGUUGGCUGCAAAAGGCUUUGAGAAGAUGCCACAACAAGGCUACCAGUUUGAACAGGCUUGUUUUGUGAAUCCCAGCUUCCAGUGGGGUCUUCUCAACAGAAGCAGGCGGUGGAAACCUCUGAUGGGCCAGCGGUUUCCCCAGGAGGAUAUUGGAUUAGACAGUGGGAUCCUUCCUGGUGCUGCAGACACCUUGGGGUUGGACAGUACAGUCUUUUGUACCAAAAGGAUCAGCAUUCACCUCCUUGCCUCACAUGUGCAUGGGCUCAAUCCCAGCCCUACCUGUGGGUCUGUAGUUGACCCCCAAGUACUUGGAGAAGACAGAACUCCUGUUCCCCCUUCUUCUUCCCUCCAGCCUCUUGGUGUAGCUGAAGUGGCCACUCGUCUUUCUUCUGUCAAUCUUGGCCAGCCUGGGAAGGAGCCUGAGGAAGCCAUGGACCUGAACUCUUGUACUAAGGGUGAUCAUUCAGCUACUGACCUCCGGCCAAACCAGGUGGAGCCUGAAGAUACAGAAGAUGAAGAUGGUUUGGAAGAUAGCUGCAGCCAUGAUGAGAAUGAAGAAGAGGAAGGAGACUCAGAGUGCUCUUCUUUAAGUGUUGUCUCCCCCAGUGAGUCGGUGGCAUUAAUAUCUCGGAACUGUGUGGACUUGAUGACCAAAUCCGUUUCCAAUCAUGAGAAAGUUGUACGGCCAGCCCUCAUCUACAGUCUCUUCCCCAAUGUAACCCCUACCAUCUAUUUUGGGACUAGGGAUGAAAGAGUGGAGAAACUUCCUUGGGAACAGAGGAGGCUGCUUCGGUGGAAGAUGAGCACAGUGACCCCCAACAUUGUCAAGCAAACCAUCGGACGGUCACACUUCAAAAUCAGCAAGAGAAAUGAUGACUGGCUGGGCUGCUGGGGUCACCACAUGAAGUCUCCUGGUUUUCGAUCCAUUAGAGAGCAUCAGAAGCUAAACCACUUCCCAGGCUCCUUCCAGAUUGGGAGGAAGGAUCGGCUAUGGCGGAACCUGUCUCGAAUGCAAAGCCGUUUUGGCAAGAAGGAGUUCAGUUUCUUUCCCCAGUCCUUUAUCCUGCCCCAGGAUUCCAAGCUCUUGCGCAAAGCCUGGGAGAGUAGCAGCCGCCAGAAGUGGAUUGUGAAGCCACCAGCAUCUGCUCGAGGAAUUGGCAUUCAGGUCAUUCACAAAUGGAGUCAACUCCCCAAGCGCAGGCCCCUCCUGGUACAGAGGUAUCUACACAAGCCCUACCUCAUUAGUGGUAGCAAAUUUGAUCUUCGGAUCUAUGUUUACGUGACUUCUUAUGAUCCUCUACGGAUUUACCUCUUUUCGGAUGGACUCGUCCGCUUUGCCAGUUGCAAGUAUUCCCCUUCCAUGAAGAGUCUUAGUAACAAGUUCAUGCACCUGACCAACUACAGUGUCAAUAAGAAGAACACAGAAUACCAGGCCAAUGCUGAUGAGACCUCAUGCCAAGGCCACAAAUGGGCAUUGAAGGCUUUGUGGAACUAUCUGAGCCAGAAAGGCAUUAAUAGUGAUGCCAUCUGGGAGAAGAUAAAGGAUGUUGUUGUCAAGACCAUCAUCUCGUCAGAGCCCUAUGUGACUAACCUACUGAAGUUAUAUGUGCGGCGCCCCUAUAGCUGUCAUGAACUCUUUGGUUUUGACAUCAUGCUGGAUGAGAACCUGAAGCCCUGGGUGUUAGAAGUCAACAUUUCCCCAAGCCUCCAUUCCAACUCUCCCCUGGACAUCAGCAUCAAAGGCCAGAUGAUCCGAGAUCUUCUGAACCUGGCAGGCUUUGUUCUGCCCAACACGGAGGAUAUCAUCUCUAGUUCCAGCAGCCCCAGCAGCUCCACCGGCUCCAGCACCAGCCUGCCAAGCUCUCCUAGAGACAAAUGUCAGAUGACCCCAGAGCACUUCACUGCACAGAAGAUGAAGAAAGCUUAUUACCUGACCCAGAAAAUUCCUGACCAGGACUUCUAUGCAUCUGUGCUGGAUGUCUUGACACCAGAUGAUGUUCGGGUUUUGGUGGAGAUGGAAGAUGAGUUUUCUCGUCGUGGUCAAUUUGAAAGAAUUUUUCCUUCCCGAAUCUCUUCUCGGUAUCUUCGGUUUUUUGAGCAGCCACGAUAUUUCAACAUUCUCACCACCCAGUGGGAACAGAAGUACCAUGGAAACAAACUCAAAGGAGUAGAUCUGCUUCGGAAUUGGUGCUACAAAGGCUUCCACACGGGCAUUGUCUCUGACUCAGCUCCACUGUGGUCUCUGCCAACAUCGCUCAUGACUGCCUCAAAGGGUGAUGGGACACCAAAUUCCGCCAGAUCAGAGUACAGCAAGGCACGAAAGAAGAGCGGCUCCGAGGGAAACAUGCUAUCCUCUGAAGAUAGGUCAACACCCAAGUCCAAGAAGAGUCAAGCUGGCCUGUCCCCCAUAUCCAGGAAGACUUUGUCCUCAAGGAGCAAUGAGAACACCAGCAAACAGUCCAAGUGCUCUACCCCGGGGUUACCUGCCCUCAAGUACUCUGGGCAGAGUUCCAGACCUUCUGCUACUUCUGCUUCCCAGUCAGUCGCUGACUCCCACCUGACUGCUGUGAGCCCAUGACUGGUCCUGCACAGGAGCACUCAGCUACCUCAAGGGAACCAGCCUGCUGACCAGCCUGAGCCUCUACCCUGCCUCCACUUUGCCCCUCAUCAGAGUAUUUUUGAAGUGGUUCUAUUGUAGAUAUGGGCAUCUGGAGGGCUGGAGGGGCGAUGGUGAUGGGAGAAAGUGAGGAAGGUUCACCCUCUGUCACCUUACUGCCUGGCUGGAACCUCAUAUCUCAGUAGAGAAGCCAGUGACAGCCAGGCAGCCUUAUAAAGCAGGGUUUGGUUUCUACACUGAGAGCCAUGUGUGAUUUAUUUGAGGCCCUGGUACAGGGCUUGAGUUGUAGCUCAAGAGGAGAAAACGUAACAGGAAUUCCUUGAAGGUCCUGAUUUCCUUAGGACCUCUAUCCCCUACUCAUCUUUGUCUUGAAGAGACAGUUUUAGAAACCUUCACACUUAUUCAAAGACAAGCAGAAGAAACCAUGACAGGCUACACCCAUUUCCUGGCCUCCUGGUCUUGGGGUGACCUCCAUACCAUAUCUCCAUUUAAGCUUCCACCCAAUGAGUAGUUCUCCAUCUUCUGUGAGUCUCCCAGGGCUCCAGUGAAGGAUCCUGAUAAUUUUAGUUGCUGCUAUGUAGAGGAGAGUGGAAUGACCUGUGUUUUCCUCAGUGCGGGGGAAGUCUUGUAGUCUCUUUUGCUUUGAGCAGGGUUUGGUGCCUUGGUGGGCGGAUUUCAGCACAGUCACUCUUAUAGGACACAUCUCUGACACUUAAUACUCAGCUGCGUCUACCUCCCCCCUGGACUCAGUCCACACUGAGCACUGAAUAAACACUGACUGAGUGAACUGUGCACGCAGAUCUCCAAGGACACUGGCCCCUGCAGCACUACUGUUCUCCCAGUGUGGGGAUGUAGAGCCCAAGGAGGCGGAGAUGGGGCUGUUUGGAUGGGAAGAGGUUUCACUAGGACCACGGUCCUUAGCCCAGCAUUCCCCAGCCUUCACUUCCCCGGGACCUGCAGUCUCCAGCUUUCACAGCAGAGGCCAUACAGAAGCCAGUUGGCCUUGUAUCUGCUAAGCAAGGUUUGCCCUUUGUACACCAAGCUGGCCAGCUCUGGCUGGCCUUGUCUUCAUUCUUCUGAGUUCUGGAAAGACGAAGACUUCUUUCCAUGUGGCUCCUGGAGUCCUUGGCCAGUUGGCAUGGAGCCCUGGAAAGAUAAGAGACCUAACUGGGUUCAAGGCCACAGAGUAGGUGGACAUGACAGUCAGUCCUAAUGCUGUGUUGACAGUUGUGAAGAAAGCUGGGUAGCAAAGUCCUAGGCAGUGCCUCCUGCUCAGUGGUAAAGGCUUCAGUCAGACCCAAGUGGGAGAGUCCAAGCUGUUGUGCAAAAUCUGUUCUGAUACCAACAGCCAACACCCUCUUGUCCUGGUUACAGUAUCCUAGUGCACAUGUGACAAAGAGGCCUGUCUUAGCUGAUUUACUCUUAAUUCCUCAGCCUGCGCCCCCCCCCCCCCAAGAGUCUCCCAUCAUAGUCAGUUUUCAACUCUGCAGCUGCAGAGAAAGGCCAGCACUGAGCAGCCCAUUAGUUGCCUGGAGUCCACCAGAGGGAGGGUCUUGGGGACCCCUUGAUGAGACACAACAGGACACUGGCAGUUCUGUUUUGUGUUCUGGGGUGACCCAGCCUUGCCUGGGACUUGUAAUCUUUGCCUCAAAAAUGCCAGAUUGUCUGGGUGUAUUGUUGUGCCCAGCUAAAUACACAGUGUUCAGUCUUGGUUACAUUUGAAGGCCAGUGGAUCUGUCUUGCUAGUGGGAGGAAAGAUAGGCCUUGUAUAUCACAUUUCAUUUUCAAGAGUGUAAUCUUAGUACAUUAUUUCACAUGCAUGUUUUAGCAUUGGCUAGUCAACAAUAGAUAGCAUUUGGCUGAAUGAGGAAUUUUUUUUUUAAGUGAUAGCUUUUGAAACUUUAAAUUUGUAAGUGUACUUGAAUACACAUUUAUCAGUGCAUCAGUUGUUUACCUAAGUCGAUAAUUUACCCAGCCUCUGGAGGAAGGCUCCCGAGACCCGGAAUGAAGCAGUCUUUUCCUGUAUAAUAGGAACAUGAGACCUACACUGCAGGGUUGUUUAGUAAGCUAAGCCAAAGUACUGGGGGUUGCAGUUUCCAGUUUGUUGGUUUAUUGUCCAUUGUUCUGUUUAAAAAAAAAAAUCUUUCCCUGAAACUGGGUGUGGUAGCUCAUGCCCUUAAUCCUAGCACUCUGGAAAGGCAGCAGUGGACUGAUAAAAUCUCUCCUUUAAAGAAGGGGAGCAGCCACAGCGCUCUCAGAAGAGGCCAGAGCAGUGUCUAGACCUGUCACCCUCCACCUAGAGCACAGUUCUCCUUAUUCCCUCGAAUCUUAUCACUCCAGCAGAAGUCUUUUGUCUGGCUUCAUCCUUACAGCAUUCCAGGAAAGGGAACAUUAAACAUAAAUGUGUGUGGAGUGAUAAUUUGGUUCUCCCAAGAGCCUUGACUGGCAAAGAAUAACAAGAAGUGUCUAGGACAAAAAUACACAGAAGACAGACCAUGAGGAUUGCUGUGUGGACCUAGCAACUACCAGGGGUUUGUGUCACUUCUUGCCCAUUGUCAGUGGCAGCUCUUUUGCUGAAAGUGACCUUAGCCAAAGAUCAUUCUUGGUGGCUUCUGUGGCAGUUUACUCCUGAGGGCCAGUGACAGGGGCUAAUCCACACAGUGAUUUCCACUUGCUUCUACUGAAUUAGGGAUAAGAUGAUAGUUAAAGGCCGCUAGGGAGCUUCCCUUGUUGGCUUCUUGUUAGUUCUGAAGGACCCCUCUGAUUACUGCUCCAACAAAUGUCGAGUUUGCUCUGGGCCUGGAAACAAUAGUUUUUAGAGAGCUGUAUCCGUUUGGAAUUUUGAUCCAAGCCUCUAGCAGUGCUUAGCCUUGAACAUUAAUCUGUAGUCCCUGGGGACCAGCAUGUGCUCAUUUGACUUUGCUCCAUCAGCUUCAGAUCAGGAAGCAUCAAGCAGUCAUAGAUUUUCCUACGCGAGUGAAUGAUCGCAGCAGGAUCAGCAGCCAUGUGACAUUCUAAGACCUAUCUGUGCUUUAGCCAUCAGAAUGGACUAAGAUUUGGAACACCAGGGACUACCACAGAAGCCAACAUUUGAAAUGUAUAUCUUAAUAAAUUUCAGUUUAGUAACCAGGGAUAUCAGUUUCUUAGAUGUAGUUAUGGGGGUUAAAUUGUGUGUAAAAUGUCUUUUAAAAAGUGCCUCACAGUGCAGACUUCAAAUAAAUCCUAAAAUAUCAAGUGAUUCCCCCAAACCAUUUUCUCAGGAGUAGCAGGAGUGGUGCCAGGCAUUGCAGUGGUCUUAGCUUAGCGGUGCUGUGGUGGCGCUGGGACAGCUCAGCAAAAGUGCUCAGGCCCGUGGAUGCCAUUGGAUAGGACCAGGCUUGUUUAGUUAGUGUUCCAAAACUGCAACUAUUUGCCUAUUGUUUACAUUGUGUUGGGUAUGGUAGUUAAUCUAGACUCCUUUUGAAAUCCACAGGAGGAUGUGUGCUGGUUAAACGUCCGCAGCAAAUGCACCUCCAUUUUACCUAAGGGAUUGAAAAAUCUGUGUGCUUUGGUAUCUGAGAAGUCGUAAAACCAAUCCCCACAGAGGCUGGAGAACUGUGCUAUGAUACUGUCUGUGGGAGAUUUGAGCUGAAGAUUUGAUCAAGAUAAUUAGCUUAAGAGUUAGAGGGGCACAAGUAAAACUUAACAAUAACUGACCCAACAACUGGAAUGCCAGUGUCUAGAAAAGCAGAGCCAUUGGUAGGAAUGCAUGUAUUGCUGGCAAGGGUGCACGGAUCCAUUGAUAGUUUGGUAGUUUCUUAAAAAGUAGAACAGCCCAUGUGGGCAGCAGUCAGUGAAAGAACAAAUUAGUUAGUAGAUACUGUCUAGACAUUUGAAAGGAAAAACCAGUGCCACAACUGGAAUGAUCUCUAUAUACUGUGCUGAGUGAAAGAAGCAAGCCUAUAUGCAGAUUCCAGUCUAGAAACAAAGCUCACAGAAGGCAGGGAUUCCUGGGGGACUAUUGCUGGAGGGAACAGGGGAUUGACUGUAAAGAGGCACAUGGGAAUAUUUUCUGUCUUAAUUGUGGUUGUGGUAACUGUAUAUAGUUGGCCGACCUCAAAAUUGUCCUGUUGAAAUGAGUAUUAUACAUAAGUUUUAUAAAUAAAGCUGAUUUUCUUUAACUUUUUUUUUUCAGUGUUGGGAUCUAAUUCAGGGUCUCAAACAGCACUAGGCAAGUGUUGUACUGCUGAGCUAUUACUCCCUGCCCCAAAUCUGAUUAAGGAAUCACACACACACACACACAACACACACACACACACACAGAGCCAUUACCACUUUGUUGAGAUGUAGAAAUUAAAGGCCAUGGUCACAAUGAGGCAAUGGAGUACAGUUAAGAUUGAAAGGCAGCUGUGACCAAUUGGACAAAUCAAAGCCAUUGCAAUGAUUUGUGUGAGCAUAAGAUGUUGGUCACAAUUGAGCCCUUGCAGCUAUGUAUAAAGAGCCCAAUGACCUGUGACCCAAAACAUUGAGAGAAACCAGAUUAUAGGAUGACAUAGUGUUUAGUUAGCUGUCAUCCAGAAGGACACUCAGCUACCUGCUGAAGUCAGCAGUGGUUGCCAAGGAGGAGCCUUGUGGGGUGACAACAACCUUGGCUGUUGGUUUUGUGGUUAACAUGAUUGUUAAAACACUGAACUGUGCAUGUUAAGACCUGUGCAUUUGUAGACAGCGUUUUAUCAUUGAAGUGAAGUUGAUGUGUUAAAUUAGCAUUUUAAGUGAA